AUGAUCGGGUGGUCAGUUGAAUUAUCGGAGUUUGGUUUGAUGUUUAAGCCACGAGGAUCUAUAAAGGGACAACACUUAGCAGAUUUUGUAUCAGAACUGUCUAGUGAGGGUCCGAUUGAACCUCGGUGGAAACUUUACGUCGAUGGCUCGUCCGGUCGACAGGGAGGAGGAGCAAGAAUAGUCUUGGAAGGACCAAACGGGAUAAAAAUCGAGCAAUCACUGAUAUUCCAAUUUAAGGUAAGCAAUAACCAAGCCGAAUAUGAAGCUCUGGUGGCAGGGAUGGAACUAGCAAAGGAUUUAGGAGCAGAAUUGUUGGAAUGCAAAACGGACUCGCAGUUACUGGCAGGUCAGAUGAACGAAAACUUCCAAGUGAAGGAUGACCAAUUGUUAUUGUAUUUUCGUAAAGCGAAACAUCUAGCAGAUGGAUUCAAGUUUUUUGAGAUAAGGCAUAUCCCGAGGGAAGAGAACGCCCGGGCAGACAAAUUGUCCAAAUUAACUGCAGGGAAGGAAAAAGGGCAUUUGGCAUCCAUGAUUCGACAAGUGAUGGUUAGACCAACAAUCGAAUGUUUUCAGAUUAACGGGUUAGCCGAUCGGGAAGAUUGGAGAAGAGAAAUCGCUUCUCUGAUUAAGAAACAGGAAGAAGGGCAAAGUCUUCGCCCCGAAGAGGCAAAGCAAAUUGCGAGGUAUGUCUUAAUAGGAGAAGAAUUGUACCGAAGAGGUUAUGUUACUCCUAUGCUUAAAUGUUUAUCUAAAGACGAAGUUGAAUAUAAACAUGGGAAUGUUAUACACGCUCCAGCAACCGAACUGCACAGCAUGGUUUCACCGUGGCCUUUUGCUCAAUGGGGAAUGGAUAUAGUUGGACCUUUCCCGGUCGGUUGGACACAGAUGAAAUUCUUGUUGGUAGCUGUAGAUUAUUUUACCAAAUGGGUAGAGGCAGAACCUUUAGCAAGAAUAACCGCUUCACAAGUACAGAAGUUUGUUUGCAAGAUCAUUUGUAGAUUCGGUUUGCCAAAGUUCAUUAUUACCGACAAUGGUCGUCAAUUUAUAGACAGGAAGCUGGUGACCUUUUACAAAGAACUGGGCAUUACACUAAUAACAAGCUCGGUGGAACACCCACAGACGAACGGUCAAGUGGAGGCUAUGAAUAAGAUUAUUGUCCAAGAGUUAAAAAAGAAGUUGAGAGAAGCUAAAGGAUCUUGGGUGGAUGAACUACAACAAGUAUUGUGGGGAUACCGAUGUACACCCCAUAGCACAACCGGAGAGUCACCGUUUAACCUUACAUAUGGAACGGAUGCAAUGUUACCAGUGGAAGUAGGGGAGACUACUCUUAGAAGAUAA